AUGAGGAGGGGCCGCUGGGACAUGGUGGUUUGUCACGCGACGCCAGAUGUGUGGCAUAGAGAUGGUGCAUUUGGUUGGGGCAAGGUCGAGCCAUGCCCUCCUGCUGGGACAGCUUUGAGCAUUGGACGAGCCAUGUACGAGUCCGACCGCUUGCCAGAGUCUUGGGUUUCACGGAUCAAUGCCAUGGACGAGGUGUGGGUGCCGUCGAGAUUUGCUGUGACGCAGUUCAUCAACAGCGGCAUCCACCCGGGCAAGAUUGUUGUGGUGCCAGAGGCCGUAGACACUGAGCUUUUCGAUCCAUCUGUGCACGAGCCUUUGGAGGUCGACCUGGGAAGCAGCUCUCUCUUUCGCUUCCUCUCAGUGUUCAAGUGGGAGAAGCGCAAAGGUUGGGAUAUUCUGCUGCGAGCAUACUUCCAGGAGUUCACAGCCGCCGAUGACGUUGUCCUGAUAAUCAAGACGCAGUCCUUCCACAGCGGCGAUAACUUCGAAAGCAAGGUCAAGCAGGAGAUUCAAAAAGCACAGGAGCUUUCUCAAGGAAAGCCUCCAAGGUUAAAGUUACUUGCAAAGGAUCUGAAGCUCAAGGAGUUGCCAGGUUUGUAUCGCAGCGCGGAUGCCUUUGUCCUGCCCAGCAGGGGCGAAGGUUGGGGAAGGCCACACGUGGAGGCGAUGUCCAUGGGCCUACCUGUGAUCGCCACCAACUGGAGUGGCUCCACGGAAUUUCUCGCAGAUGGCGUGUCCUUGCCGCUGCGGAUUGAGGGCCUGGAGCCAGUGGAGGAGGGUGUGAAGGGCCACCAAUGGGCAGUGCCAUCGGAAACCCACCUUAGAGAGCUGAUGCGAUGGCUCCUGGAUCACCGGGCCCAGGCCGUUGCGCUGGGGGAGGCGGCGCGCAGGCACAUGCUGGACAACUUCAGCCCAGAUGCAGUGAUCGAGAAGCACGUGGUGCCAUUGCUGCGGCGCAAGACAGGAGGAACUCGUGCUUCUUCCUCUGAGCUCUGA